AUGCUUGUACCGCCGGACAAUUUUGGGCUUGUUGAAACCGGUAUUUACCGGUGUUCAAAGCUAGAAGCUGACCAUUUCCCAUUCAUUGAAACCUUGCAAUUGAAAUCGCUAGUGUUACUUGACGCAGCCAAACCUCCUCGCACUCUCAAAUCUUUCCUCCUAAAGAAUAAGGUUGAUCUCUACAACUUGGGCGGGCUCAAAAUAUCGAAUCACCAAAAUACAGGCGGUAAUUCACGUGAAAGUACGGGCUCGGAUGUGUCUGACGGCUCAGGUAUACCUGAUAUUAUCGAACUGAAGCCGUUGGAUGAGAUUGAGAUCGUUCAGGUCAACAAGGCACGGUCCAAGAAUGAUCUGUGGAUGCUUAUAGAGAAGAAUCUUAUCAUGGGUGCAUUUGAAAUCCUCUUGAAUAAGACCAAACACAACCUUUUGCUAGUGGACUCGUCGCUGGCGUUGGUGGGGAUUUUACGUAAGAUUCAAAAAUGGAAUUUCAAUUCGAUCGUCAACGAGUACAGGAUUUACACGGGAAAUUUAAGCAAGAAUAAUUACAAUGUCGAGGUUUUCCUUGAAUUGAUUAAUGUGGAGCUCAUCCCUUUUGAGGUUAACCAAUGCCAAGAGCAUAGAUCAUCCGUUUAUGCUCUGCGCCAGAUGGCCCCAAGCCGGAGCUCUAUUGACGAAGGAGCAAUUACAGGUGAAGAUGAGGAAGCUCUUUCCCUUAAUGAUUUUGAAGACGAUAUGGACGAUGACUUUUUAUCGGCCUCUCCUCAAAUCCCGGCAAAUUUGUUGAAAUUAGUGGAACAGCGCAAAUCCAACGAAAGUCCGUCCAUGUCACCCGAAGCAAACACUUUGAACGAAAGGCAAUCCAGCAUAGAUAGUACGCAAAGUUUUGCUGCUCUGCGGAGAAAAUCGUCUGUGGACUCAAGAUACAUUUUGACCAACAAGAGCAGGCUUCGAAAUCCAAGUUUCUCACAACCUCACUCUCCAGGUCGGCGCCCUCUGUUUGAGUCCAGUUUGCGCCUGUUUCGGCUCGACCGCAAUAACCCGGAUGAGCUUCUGCGCAUUAGAGAGAAGCACGAAUACAAAUACUACAAAGCAUCUCUGGCGACAAGUUUCAAGGAUGUUGAGGUGAUCCGCUUGAAUCUAUUGCCCGAACACAUGCUACCGGAAUGGUUUAUAAGAGCUAGAGACUUCUGGGAACAAACAUACGGGAACAAGCGAGUGUAA